AUGAACCCGUGCAAGUCGAAUAUCUCGUUUGACGACAAGGUUCUUCAAAAAUUGUGGAUUCCGAACACGUGCUUCAUUAAUUCAAAAAACGCUGCUAUUCACGAAUCCCCAUUCAAGAACGUUUUUCUCAUGGUAUUCGCAAAUGGCACACUGUGGACGAAUUAUCGGAUGAAACUCACUGGUCCAUGCGAUAUGAACCUCAAACGGUUUCCCUUCGAUCAGCAGAAAUGUUUUCUCACCUUCGAAUCGUCAGUCAAGUCGCUUUUUGAAGUGGGCCCAGGUUCCAGGUACAACUAUAACACAGGUGAAGUGCGAAUGCAAUGGAAUCAGCCAUAUCCCGUCAUAUUACUGAAACCAAUUCAGCUCCCCGACUUUGAAAUGGUCAACUUUAGUGUUAUUGCGGUUGAACAGGUAACCAUUCCCAUCCUACUGGGAUUGAUUUAG